ACUUGACUCGACUGAAUACAGGGCUAGCGAACUAAGUAUGUUAUAAUGUCGUCAACUCACUUUUGUUUACCAACUCUCACCCACAAUGCACUUUACAGGAAGUGUUCAAUUCCGGUUGGCGCGCUCAUAAGAAUAUACAAACAGUCCGUAUGGUGAAACGCUGAAAGCUACUGCAUGUCUCUCUCGACAGUUAAUUUAGUAACGAUAGGUCCAUUUGUACACCUUGGUGAUACUUCUGCCAUGAACGCGACAGCUCCCAAUUUAGCAAUAACGUUAACCCAAGCGGUCAAUUGGGAGAGAUAAGUCCUUGUUGGUAUCCGAUGCUUCUCUUUGUAUAAUGGAAAGCUUGCUCCUGGAAGAUCUGUAUCGCAAUCCCCAUCGGAUUUCCCUGUGUGGAAAGAUAAUCUUAUUUAACUGCAAACGAGCUUCAGGCACAAAUGACGGCGAAAUAAGCGAGUUAAUAUUCCGCAGCCUUUCAUUUGAACAGGAGGACAACACGUUCCUGAAGGCAGCGGAUGGAGCAGCUGUCAUCAGCAGGAAAAGAUCAAUUCAUGUGGAUAUUGUAAAAUGUAAAUGUGCCGUAGAUGCUCAGAAGAAAGUCGCCACACCUUGUGUUUUAGUGACACGGAAGAGUAAGAAAGGAGAGAGCUUCAAGUAUAGUCUUCUCACACUGAACAACUCAAACCGAUUGGAGCCCUGCAUUGAGUUUAAACUCACUUAUCAAAUGAGGGAGUCUGUGUCCAUCCUCCAAGGCCCCACGGUGUUGUGGACUCAUGCUGGUAAUGUCUUCUAUACAUCUUUGCAGGCAGGGGAGGUGAGACAGAUACCCAUUCAGUUUUCCCACAGUGUUAUUGGAGAACUCCCCCUCCACAAAGGACAGCUAUUUAUUCUUGGACAGCAAAAUGAAAAUAAUCAGCUCACGAACCAAACUCUGGGCUAUUUUGUUGAGAAUGGACAUACGUUUGAUGGCACUAUGAUCUUACCUCACCCUUACAUUUGCAUCACACGGUGCAUCUUGGUGCUCUCAGCUGAAAAAGUGGAUAGUGUGCUGAAAUCUGCUGUGGUUGCAGCGACUUCUAACCAGCAAAUCGUGUAUUUCGAGAAUGGAAUCGUAAAAGACACAUGUCAGCUCCCCUUCCAACAGCCUGAAGAUAUUCAGUUGGUCAACACUGGAAGGAAUGGCUGCCUGUUUGUCAUAUCAUUUCACCAGGGGCAUGUUUGCGCUGUGUGGAAGGAAACAUUUCAGAUAGCCUCCCACUGGUCAGGUGUCAGCUCAAUGCAUGUGGAUGACUUCCUGGGAUGCGGAACAGACCAGUUGCUAUUGGUUUUUAAGGAUGAAGGUGUAACAGGGCAGCUCCUGGGCAAUUUCCUCAUCACUGACCUCUGUGGUAUUUCAUAUUCUAAUGGACAGGACACUGGAGCACCAAAUCGAUCUCCUCCAGCAGAGAACUAUCUGCUCACUCUUCAAGCCUUAGAGUCCAGACUACAGAGUGGAUUGACCAUGCUUCAGGAGCUUCAAAGAGAAGUGAGAGUGAAGGAAAGAGUCGUGCAGCAGUCGGUCCAAGCCCUUACUGACGCGGUCUCAGAAAGAGAGCCUAUUCUGGCGGAGCCUGAGCAGGAAGGCCUCAUUGCUCUGUGGGAUUCUGAUGAGUCAAAAGAUGAGGCCUUGGAUGACAAGAUGCAAGACAUGCCAGCAAUGUCUUCAAAACCUCAAGUUGACAAGCUCUGGCAUCGCAUUGCUGAGGACCGAAUGGUUGUGGGAUUGAUACUGACGACUGACAGCUCUGUACCAGUGGCCAGUGUGAGCUUAUCCAUCCUGACAGAGACGGGCCAGAGCUCAACGCCCGAAGUCAUCCAGACCCAGAGCCAAGUGCUGUGGCUCUCCACACCCUGCCCCUCAUCAUCAUCCUCCUCCUCUCCCUAUGCCUCCUCGUUCCCAGAGCCCGCAGCCAAAAGAAGCAAGCAGCACAACACCGGUAGACCCGAUGAUCUCAACACAUGCAGACUGGCUGUGACUGCUGUGACCAAGCUGACUCCUCUGUUGAACUCUGGCUGUGUCAAGUGCCGUGUCAUGCUCCAUUACGUCCAGAGACAAGAUGCUUUUUCCCUCAUGAGCAACCCAACACCGGUUGUCCUGCACUGUGGUCAAGUUGCUCUAGACAUCAAUGGUGAUUUCCAAACCCAAUUGUUGAAAAACCCCAAACUCAAAACAGAUGAGGUUAAAGAGGACUUGCUGAGUCUGUUGGCAGUGCUGGAUCGCUGGGUCUUCCAUAUAGACUCCCCUGAUCACAGCUUAGGUGACAUAGACGGCUGGAUUCAGAAAAGAGUGGGUUGUGAGAGGAUAGAAGUGAGCCCUCAGUAUCUACUGUUACAUUCUUCGGGACCACCAGCUCUCAUGCUGCUGCGCUGGCAUCAGAUAACCCCUUUCCAGGGGGAACUGUCUGUCCACUCCAGCCAGUUACAGAUGCUCCAGUUCCUGGACUAUUUCUUGGGUUACAUCCCCGUGUCCUGCUCCAUCCAGCCUGUCAAAGGUACAAGAGAACAGGGUGCAGCGCAGAUAUUUUCUUUGGCACUGGAAAAAGAGGUGGUGUCACUCAGAGAGUGUGUGUCAUUGCUUCUUUGUGAAAAAGAGGAGGAUGAGAAGACGAGGAGCCCUGGGCGCGAUGACACACCUGAGCCAGGUACUGUGGAGGGGCUGCAGAGGUGUAGAGAGGCGUGGCAGCGGGAUGUGGAGAUGAGUAGGAUGAGGUUGAGCCCCCUGGUGGAUGUUGAGAGGUAUCGUAAGAUGAACCUAAGCAUGUCCAAAGUCCAGCUUGAUGGGGAUUUGGCAGCUCUCUUGGAAAUACAGAGAACUUUGCUCCACUGAUAUGCUACCGACAUAGUUAUUGUUAGAAGUCAUCUAAUCACCGACAUACGUAUUAAUGGAAAAAGCCAUUGUGUCAUGUCUAAUAACUGAGAAAAGACCCCCGUUGCUACCUUGGUUAUGUCCUGAGCUGAACCGUGUGUGCCUGCUCUCUCAGAGAGCCUCUUGGGUUCAUAUCUUUUGAGUGUCUGUUGCUGUGUAGAGCUUAGCCUAUUUCCAUUGGAUCACCUCUUGGGUGUCACAACCUUAAUCAGACACUGAUGCGGUACUGCAUCUCUGCUCAGCUUAUUCUUCUGUUUAUAUCCCUUUAGACCGUCAGUGUUUGAAAAUGCUCUUUUACGUCUGUUGUUGCUGCUGCAGUGUGCUCUUCAGUAGGAGACAGAGACCAUUUUCAUCCUUGAGUGAGAAACUAUUUGUGUAAAAAAUAAAGACAACCGAUGACAGUAGAGCAAGAGGUUAUACAUUUGCUCACUGGCUGUAGUUGACUGAAAGCUUUUAGUGGUAUUUCCUCUCAUGGUUCAGUUAUUUUCCUGUGAAACGAUGUAAAUAAAACACUUCUUUGGUGCUGUUGCUCCUAUGACGCUGCACAGGCUGUUAGUGCUGUAAGUCAAAAUGCCAUUUGUCCAAGCAAACAUCGAAUCCUACUUAACAGGACCUAGUCUUAGUUGGAUACAGAAGGUCUGCAGCAGCUUGACCCGUAGUAUUUGCUAAAAUGGAUUUUUUUUUUCCCCCUAUCCUAGAGGGGGCUGAAAAACGAAGAUGUUCAUUUCAGGUGCAUUUUGCUUGUUCUACUCCAUGUGUUUAUGGAACUUACUCAGGCGGAGAUCCACCACCCCUCUUUUACUACUUUAAUGUCUCUGCUUCAUUGCACAUAACAGCUUCCACUAGACUCACUGCCACAGGUCUCCAGUAAACAUAGCUGUAACAUAAUUACUACAGAUUUCAGUAUUUCCAUCAGCUAUUCCCAAAAUUUUAUUUUAUAAUAGUAAUGCUGCUGUGAGAUGAUAAAACACUAUAAAAGUAAGACAUUUUUUUUGAUGUGUUAGAAUGAAAAUAAAUCUCUUUUCAGCUCAGUUAGUUUUUGCUCACAAAAGACUUCACAAUCUUUUUUUUUGUUUUUGAUGUGAGACAAACACCUCUCUCAAGGCAAGCGAUGAAGAAGAAUUGUCCUGUGCAGUAAAUAACACCAGUAAAUGGCCGGGGGGGGAUAGAUCACAUGUGAAAAGGAAAAUUCAUCUGUAUUGGUGUUCCCCUAGAGCCCCAACUGCCACCCAGAGUAAAAUAUAUGUUUUGUCAUCCCAUUAUUGCCUGUUAAGUUCUAUUAACUCUGAAUGGUGGAAGUAGACUGCAGGUUUUCUACAACAACAUCUCAGACAAACAUACAAACAUCUCAGACAUGGUGAAAACAAAAUCACCUCAUCUAGUUUGUUAAUGUGACUUACAGACAAAUUGACGAUAGGCAGAUUUCUGCAUCUUUUGACACUUCUGCAGCUGCCAGCUGUCGACUGUGACUUUAGUAUGGCCGCCUAUUUAUGCCAGGAAAAGAAAGGAGGAAAAAAAAAAACCGGACAAAAAGCUAGUCAUGAUUUAAAAAAAUGCUCAUGGUGAGUGAAUAGUAAGUAAAAAUUAUGAGAUAAAAAGUUAAAUCAAAGUAAAAAAAGAAUAACAAAUCAAAACAUUUCGUGUUUAUUUCCUAUCUAAAAAUUACACUUUUUAUCUCACAAUGUUGUUUUAGUAUUUCAUAAUAUUUAAUUGCUAUCUCAUAAUUUGAAAUGAACCGACACAUUUUGGUAUAUAAUUACAAUAAUAAUUAAUAUUUGAAGACCCACAUUUACUGAUCAUAUAAGUGUUCAUAUUCAUAAUUAAAAGGUUACAGUUUCAGAUAAAAAUUCAGGAUUUAAUGUCUUGCUGAGCUGAUGAUACUUUUUUUAUUGCUUUAAUAUUAUUAAGUUAAAUUUAGAUGUAAUCCAAAUUUGCAAUUUCAUUUUUAAUGGUGGGUGGACAUUUGAACCACAGCUUGUGCCUUUUUAAUAACAUCAAGUUGAGUCAUCCAUAACAAUGAAUGCCACUGCUAAGCCAUGUUUAUAUUGAUACUGUAUGACGAGGGCACUGGUCUGGUCUUUGCCUGCAGUUGACUGUUAUUGAUUGGGGUCACAGGGUUUCCUCCUUUGGACUCUGGAACUCAGUGGGUCAACCAAACAGGGUUGGAGGACAUUGAUUAUAUCUACAGCAUAAUGAACAGUGCACACACCACAUACAGACAUGCCACAUAAUAAACAUGAUUCUAUAUGCAGGGAGCUCCCAUGUGAGGCAACACUGGUUCAAAGACAGAAAAUCCUCAUGAGUUAGCAACAUUUAAAUUGAAUGUUACCAUAUUUAAAUUAUUUAAUCGUGAAGCUCUAGGACAUCUCACCAAGUGUUAUAUAAUUACAUCUAUAAAUACUAGUAUUUGUUGAGGUUGUGCCUUUUGCUUAUCACAAAGCAACACAUUUUUAUUAAGCCCUGAGGCAUAAUACUACACUAAACGGUACACACAAGCUGAAUUAUACUUAUUUGAUAAUGCCCGGCUAAUAAUUUAUACCAUUUCUCACCAUGUGAACAUUGAAUACGCAGGCUGUUGAGCUCGAUUCAAAAACAAAUUCUCAACACAAUGUCCACUCACCUUGUUCCUAAAGCUUCCAACCACACCCUGUGGCUUUUUCUCAGCAGACAGCUGCUCAGUUGUCAUGGAGAUAGUUUGGUCGAACUGAAGUUGUGGUUUUCAGAUGUGGUUACAUUUUAAAACGGCCUCUGAAGUUUUAUUAACUCACGGGGCACACAGUUCUCGGUGUGAAUUCAUUGACACUUGCUUCUCACGAGGCUACCUUGAGCUAAUAAAGGAAAAGUGCGGAGAUCAGUGCAACCGGUCUGCAGAUGAUCACACGUCAACCCGCAGCGUGUCUGGGGCUGGAGUGCCACGUGUCUCAAUGUACCGCUUUUGGUGCAGCAUACAUAAUAUAGAUACCACAAUUACACACACACACACACACACACACACACACACACACACACACACACACACACACACACAGUGCUUGUUUUGCUGUUUGAAGAGUGCCAGGGAAGCAUCUGAAUAUACACAGUCAAAAUUAUGUUUUGAUUAUGUAGUGCAAUAUGUGUAUUCAGGCAUAGGAGAUACUUUUGGCAAAAUCAUGCACCAGUGUUCUUAACUUCGUUAAUGUCCUGCUUUUCUCUCACACUAGCCCUAUCAAUUGCUGUGCAGUUGCUAUGGCAACCCCCAUUUCUUGCCUCUCUCUGUCUCUCUCUCUCUGUCUCUCUCAGACCUCUCAAAGCAGCCUCCCUAAACCUUAAUGAAUGAGGGAAAGUUGUUUCCCUCUUAAACACCAUUAUAAGCUGCAAAUAAUGUUCCCCUCAUAAGCCGUCAUUCUAAAUUUGAUUGCAUAAAGGCUUGUUGCAUCCUUGCAUAUUCAAACAGCAAUAAUAAUGGAUCAUGAUGUAAGGCUGUGUCGGUGAAAUGGAUGGUAUUUCCAUGUGAGGAUUAGUAUUAUUGAUUAGUUUAUAAUCCCUGUGUUUUGAGCAUUAAAAAAAGCAGUUGGAUUAUUCAUGCAGCCUUCGCAAUAAGCCUACCACAGGCCAUGUAUUCAUCUUUAAAACAAAUAAAGGUUGAUGGAUCCUGGCAUUACCCACACUGUGGUAAUGAAUAGCGUCACUGGGUGGAUAAUGGCAUUACAGGACAUAUAUCUGAAUAUCGAGAACCGAUGUGGUCACUCCUCUCUCUUUAUUGAUUAUAUAUAUUGGUAACAACAGGUGGGAACGGUGUAAGAAAAAUCUUUAUUACCUCGUGUAUAUAUCUAUUACAGUUGUCCUUUCUUGUAUGUGAGCACCAGGCCAGUAUUUUCCAUUGAACUGGUUGGCGAGCCCCAGCUGAUGGAAUCUCCACGCUACAGUGUGAAGUCCAUUAUCAUGCAUUAAUGGAAACCCACAGUCAGAUCAUAUCUGUGUCACCCCAAGCCACCCACUGAUCCACAGCAUGUGUCAUCACCCUGACUUAUGGGCUUGGUAAAGAGCAUAGAGCAGUGUUUGUCAUUUUCUUUGAUCUGAUGAGCAACCAGGCGCAAAAAGCAUUCUCAUGUGUUUGUGCCUCACUUGAUAGGUAAUUUUUUUUUUCUUGAAAGGCAUCCAUCUUUUUCGUUUUGUAUAUGAGAGGAAAGCAAUAUAUGGUAUAAUCUUAUCAACUAUUGCAUGUAAAUAUAACACAAAGCCAAGUCUUUAACCUUACAUAUAACAGGAGAGGUGGAAAUAAAGUAAAUAUUGUGCACAGUCAAUUUUAUUGAUGUACAGGCCAGUAAAUCUUCACCACAGUAUAUCAGGA